GGUCCUGCCCCCCAACCCACCCCCCCCACCCCCUCCAGCAGUUAUGUAUUCUCCGCUCUGCCUCACCCAGGAUGAGUUCCAUCCCUUCAUCGAAGCACUUCUGCCCCACGUCCGGGCGUUUGCCUACACGUGGUUCAACCUCCAAGCCCGAAAGCGAAAAUACUUCAAGAAGCACGAGAAGCGCAUGUCGAAAGAAGAAGAGAGGGCCGUGAAGGACGAACUGCUGAGCGAAAAGCCCGAGGUCAAGCAGAAGUGGGCAUCCAGGCUCCUGGCGAAACUCCGGAAGGACAUCCGGCCCGAGUACCGCGAGGAUUUUGUGCUCACCGUCACGGGGAAGAAGCCCCCGUGCUGCGUUCUCUCGAACCCAGACCAGAAGGGGAAGAUGAGAAGGAUUGACUGUCUCCGCCAGGCCGACAAGGUCUGGAGGCUGGACCUGGUCAUGGUGAUUUUAUUUAAAGGUAUCCCGCUCGAAAGUACUGAUGGCGAACGCCUGGUUAAGUCCCCACAGUGCUCGAACCCCGGGCUGUGCGUCCAGCCCCACCACAUAGGGGUGUCCGUUAAGGAACUCGAUUUAUAUUUGGCGUACUUUGUGCACGCGGCAGAUUCAAGUCAGUCUGAGAGCCCCAGCCAGGCAAGUGAGGCGGAUAUCAAGGACCAGCCAGAAAAUGGGCACUUGGGAUUCCAAGACAGUUUUGUCACAUCAGGUGUUUUCAGCGUGACCGAAUUAGUCAGAGUGUCACAGACACCGAUCGCUGCAGGCACGGGCCCCAAUUUCUCUCUCUCCGAUCUGGAAAGUUCUUCGUACUACAGCAUGAGCCCGGGAGCCAUGAGGCGGUCUCUGCCCAGCACUUCGUCCACCAGCUCCACGAAGCGCCUCAAGUCCGUGGAGGAUGAGAUGGACAGCCCCGGCGAAGAGCCGUUCUAUGCAAGCCAAGGGCGCUCGCCCGGAAGUGGUAGCCAGUCCAGCGGCUGGCAUGAAGUGGAGCCAGGAAUGCCGUCACCGACCACACUGAAGAAGUCCGAGAAGUCCGGGUUCAGCAGCCCUUCCCCCUCGCAGACCUCCUCUCUGGGGACGGCGUUUACCCAGCACCACCGGCCUGUCAUCACGGGACCCAGAGCAAGUCCUCACGCCACACCGUCGACGCUUCAUUUUCCAACGUCCCCCAUCAUCCAACAGCCCGGUCCCUACUUCUCCCACCCGGCCAUCCGCUACCACCCCCAGGAGAGCCUGAAGGAGUUCGUCCAACUCGUCUGUCCCGACGCUGGCCAGCAGGCUGGGCAGGUGGGGUUCCUAAAUCCCAACGGCAGCAGCCAAGGCAAGGUGCACAACCCCUUUCUGCCCACCCCCAUGCUGCCGCCCCCACCCCCGCCGCCGAUGGCCAGGCCGGUGCCCCUGCCCGUGCCGGACACGAAGCCUCCGACCACAUCCACGGAAGGGGGCGCCACCUCCCCCACUUCACCGACCUACUCGACACCCAGCACUUCUCCCGCAAACCGGUUCGUCAGUGUGGGACCACGGGAUCCGAGCUUUGUAAAUAUCCCUCAACAGACACAGUCCUGGUACCUGGGAUAAAAGUCACCGCUUCCCACCUUCCACCAGACAGACCCCCCUGGCCCCUUCCCGCCUCUGCAACCCGGAAGCAGCCGCCGCAGUGACUUCUCGUCAUCGACGGAAGGGGAGGCGGACAGAUGCGAUCCGAGCAGCUGGGACGACAAGGCCACGGCGGGAGUAACGGUCCAAUGGCGAAGGCCAGAACCUUCCGGGAAUUAUUAUUAUUAUUAUUAUUUUUUUGCCUUCUUUUCUUUUCAACACCUUACUUAGGGACUGUUGUAACUCUGUCACAUGGUGCUGGAAAAAGGUGGGCCGCAGAGCCUCGGGGGGCGGGGGGACGUCUCGUCGGGAGCGUCGGCCGGCUCGGUCGACGCCGGGGAGAGGGGAGGGGGCCGCUGACGCUCACCGACGCGCCGUCGUAACCCGCCCCGGCCCCUAACCGUUUCGCAGCCCUUUCGUCCAUUUUCCCUUAGAGGUGUGACCCUUCUCGAGUAGCCAUGAGGCGACACGGAAACUAAAACUUUCGUAGUAGCUGAAAUCUGCAAUAUGUAACUUACGGGACAGUCUAAGGACAUGGUUUUCGGUAACAUAUUGGGAAAAAUUACCCAUCGCAGUCGUGUUCUUUUGUUCUGGUUUUUUUUUUUUUAAUGGAAAAAAAAGUCCACAGCGAGAUUCAUAACCCGGCCCAUGACGACGACCUCGUGGUUCUGGACGGCGGCCACUCAGUCUUUCACGCAAAGGUUGGAAGCGCUGCGCACAGACUCCUUUUUUUUUUCUUUUCCCAACGAUUUUCAACAAUUACACAAAAAUUCACGUGGAUACGGGGGAGAUGGUCUGUUUUGACAGAAACUGACAGGAAUCGAUCAAAACAAUCGAAUUUUGAAUUGAGUAUAAAGUGCAAUUUCAUUGGAUAGCUAAAUAUCUUUGUAAGAUAGAGAUUGUUGAAAAUUCUAUUUUUGUUUUCCAAGUCCUCCCACCCCAGGACUCUAAACGAUUGGGGUAAAAACCGCCUUGCAAGGAAAAGGGGAGCUAUUUUUCGCUUUUUAUGUUUUUUAUUGUUAAACUUGUAUCCCUUUAAAAACCGAAGGAAAAUUGAAAAAAAAAAAACCCAGAUCUAAUGGUGCUUUUACCACAAUAUGUUAACUACAUUCAAUGCUGAUGAAUUCUUUUUUCGGUUCUCGAAGGCACAUAACUAAUAUGAGCCCCUACUCUUCCGUUCAUUUCACGAGCCACCGAGACGGAUUCAGCCGAUUCUGAAAAAAAUGAAAAUAAAAUAAAGAUUUGGCGUUUCUGGCCACGUUAGGGUGGAUACGACCCCUCCGAGUCACAGAAAAAGAGAACAAAAGAAGAAAAAACCCACGUCCGGCACCCGAGGAAGGUCCAUCGUAUCCCGGGCAGGCCGGACGGUCCCCUCGGAGGGGGGUCGAGGGAGACGGGGCUUGGGGGGCUUCCAGCAAUGACCGGUUGGGCCGCUGCGAGCCCGGGGCUUUUGUUGGAAACAAAAAAAAAAAAAGAAAAAAGUUUGUCCCCCUAUCCGUCCAAGUAUCUUAGAAGAAAAAGAACAAAAAAAAAGAACAAAAAAAAAAAAACCAGAGUGCAAGUGAUUUUUCUACCAGACAGCGAAGCACCGUUUUGCUUCCCACGCGACUUUAAGAAGGUUCCCUAUACUAUACAUAUAUAUACGUUCUGGUUGGCCAGGCCAGCCAAUCGGAGAAAGUCUCUGCAUGUUCUAGUGGUAGUAAACUCAUUUUUAUCUAGUUAACGUAGGAUAAAGUAGAGUGCAUUAAGACACAAUAUUGUAACCCCUAUUUAAGGCACCUGCCUUUAAACUUUGUUCACUCACAGCCCUUCAGAAGGGUCCCUACUACUGUCCUAUACAAUAUAGGAACUGAAAUUCUUGGGAAGAAAUUCUGCUCCUCAUCUUCUCCCCGAAAACGAUGUUCUUUGUUUUGUUUUUCUUGAUUUGCACGAAAACAAAAAUUCCAUAUCAAUGUGCCUUGCCCUGAAUAGCGAUUAUUUGUGGAAUUGUUGCACAUGUACCUGAAUUGAAAGGGGUUGGGAGACACUUUUUUUGUAAAUGUGACUUUGACGUCAGCCCACGUGAGUUUCCAACAUCUAGAAUUCAGUAGAACGUUAGUUGUCCUGGAUGGUCGAUCAGUGGCAGUGCUAUUCGGAGAUAUCUGUCCGUAGAUGCUAAAGGGUAUCAGUAUUUUUGGAUGUUGCUGUAUUUUACGUUUAGUUUGGAGUCUUCCUUUGAUAUAUUAUUUUUGUUGUUGUUGUUGUUGUGUUCCCCCCACCCCCCGAUAUAUGAAAAUAUGCAAUACCUGCUUGUAUCAUGUAGAAGAAAGCUUAGCGAUUCUUUGUUUUCCUUUCUCUCUCUCUUUUUUUUUUAUUUUUAAUUUGACCAAAGUUGGUGCUGCACGAGGUGUGGCGUGUUUUGGUGUUUGUCUGUGGACUUUGUGAUUUUUGAAUGCACACAGAGGAGGAGGAGGAGGAAGAGGAGGAGGAGGAAAGGAGGAGGCGAGGAGAAGGAUGAGGAGGAUGAGGGGGGGUGGGAAAGAGGAGGGUGAAGGUUCAUCUUAGAGCGGCAGGUCUGACCGCCGCCUCUAAGCUGAGCUUGGCUUCAAGCGAUUUUGUUUUUUUACAACUGUUCCUUUCACAAGCAAGCCUUAAAAAAAAAAAAACCCACAAAAAAACAAAAAAACUUCCUUUUCUUCAGCUCCCAGACCCCAUUUUUCUUAGGCCGCAGGCGAUCCACACUCAGUUACCAGAAACAAGGAUCUAAAUGCCCAUUUUUAUAUGCACGUUUUUAAAAAACUUCCAAGUUCUGAACAAUUGUUUACUGGUGAUCUAUCGCUAUUUAAGGAAAAAAAAAGAAUAAAAUAAAAGGUUUUGGAUUUUCAUAUGUGUCUGAUAAGUGGUUGAGUAGUCGUUUGGCUCUAUUGUGUUGUGUGAUUGUUAGUGUAUGGUGUCACUUCCUGUAGCCGGUGUCACUUCCCGUAGCCAGCGUCCUUUUGCCUUCCUCUCCUCUGCCCCCUCCUCUCCCCUAGAGCACCUAGCUGGGCAUUACUUUCCUAUGACAUAUGUGCACUAAAAAAAGGAAAACUAGCAGCUUUCAGUGCUUCGCCGCAAAGGGAAAAGAAAGCCUACGCAAACAUGUUGUCAGAGCCUUGUCAGAAGCCAAGGUCGUACCAGUAAAUUGGUUGUACAUACAAGAAAGUUGCACCCUAAGCAAUAGUCUGGGCAGUUUUAGUUGUUUUUAGCGAGCAUGUCCGUAGCCAUGGCUGCAAAGAGAAAGGUUAAUCUGCCCACUCAGAAGAUAUGUAAUUUGUACGUUGUAUAGUUUUAUUGAUUACACUGAUUUAUUCUACCCUAUUUUAUAAUGCAGGACUUUUGUAAUGUUGUUUAAAUGAGGAAAAAAAAAAUUUCUGUCAAAUUAGCUUAGUGGAGUUUCUGAUUGUUCGUUAUAAAGGCAGCGUUCAUAGAAUUGCUUUUCUUUUCUUUGGUUUCCUCUUCCCCCACCACCCCCAACCCCGGGGCGGGGUUGGGGGGGGAGCAGACUGGGGGAAGGGGUCGGGAGGGAGUGGAGUUAAGUUGAAAACUUUCCCGUUUCCUUUUUUUGUAUGUAUUUAAAUACAGUUAUUUUUUUUUUCCCCCUCUCUCCCUCUCUUCUCUCAAUGGUAUAGCAUAUCCCUAUGCUUGAGAAGUAUAGGCACCGAAGAACCAUUGUAAAUGGCCAUUACAGGUAUGCUGUAUUUUUUGGAAGGCAUUUUGUCGUAUUAAGUUUGAUGAAGCUAAAGUUAGGGAAUUCUAAACAGACGUCCAGGAGAACACCGUUCUAAAGGCUUCCCCGCAGGCAGGGAGCAGCGCGGGGGGGCCUCUGUGCGUUAAACGCUCCGACCGAGGCCCUCGUCCACUUGUCCGUCCCCCCCGCCCGGUGAGGAGAGAGACGUCUGCUUGGGGUGUGUAGCGAAUAGGCCUGAGAACCAUCCCCUCUCCCCCUAACCCCUACCCAGUACAUCGCACUGAUGCCGUUUCAAAAGAAACAAGGCCCCAGAGACCCACCUGUGAAUCUCGUUCGUUCAUUCGUAUUUAUUGAGCGCUUACCGUGUGCAGAGCACUGUACUAAGCGCUUGGGAGAGUCCAGUUGAGCAACAGAUGGACCCAUUCUCUGCCCGCAGACGUCCCUUAGGACCCCGUGUCCGACACUAGCCUCCCGGCCCCGUCUUCCCCUUCACCACCGUGCCCCUGCUUUCCACCCCCUGACCCAAGUCACCGACUCGCCCCCCCCCCCCCCCCACAGAUCCUAUCGGGAUUUGCCCCCCUCACCCCAUCGUCGUGUCGCACACCCCAGCAACGGACUUAUUUAUCGGGUUUUCUUUUCAGUGAGUUACGGGCUACAGUUAGACAGACAUGGUUCACUCUCCUCAGCUCCAGCUCAGUCCCGGAGGGUGAAGGAAUGCAAAAUCCCUCAGCAAAAAGUUGUUCUUUCACUCUGAUUUUUUUUCUCUUCCUCUUUCUUUUCUGGUAUGUUUUGCAAGCUUCGUAGGAACAGUGCUUUGAAAUAUUUACUGAACAAAAUCAGGAUUUAUAGCCGACGAAGAAACCGUCUUUCCUUGUGAUUUUUUUUUUCUUUUUUUAAAAAAAGCAAAGAAUGUCAGUUAAUAUCGUACUUUGCAUCGUGUCUCUGGAAAUAUCUUUCUUUUUGCUGUUGGUGGUGGUUUCUUCCCGCCUUUCCUUUUCGCCUCAGUAGAACAAAAUCAACACCCCCCUCCUCCCCCGCCCCUCCCGCCUCUGCAACCCCCCAAUAUUGUACCCGGAGAGCUUCAUUGGCACCUGGAAAGCCAGCACCCCCCUCCCCACUCACAUACCCGUCGGGGGGUUGCCGCCCCCUCCCCCCAAGCUUCUGAUGCCAAUUUUGUCUUGAAGUCGCUGCAUGUACCUACUCCCACCCCUAGGCAGGCCGGGCAUCACGCCCGAAGCCGGGCACUGGCCUAACGGUGCCAGUCGGGGAUGGCAUCCCCCUUUUGCUUCUUCCCCGUUGAAAUGAAAAAAAAAAAAUCACUAAAUACCUAAACUAUCAAACGAAAACAGGGGGAAUUCAUCUAGAGCGGGUAACAUUGAAGCUGCUCCAUAGCACUUAACUGUAGUGAAUACUGUGUCACCGAUUCCGAAAUCGAUUUCAUGUUUAAUGCAAAAUCCAUUACAUGGUGCUAUUGCAGGCUGGCAAAAGAUUUACACAAAUUGGACAACUUUGGGCUCCACACACUCUGCUUUCCAACCAUGUAAAUGCAUAGCAGUGUUUAUCUGCAUGAGAACUAUGCACUAAUCUUAUCUGAAAAAAAAAAUAUAUCAACUUUGAUAUCUACUUUCCGUUUCCUUCGAUCCUUGCCUUUUGGGUCAUUGUUAUAAUGCCAGCUUUAGGACAGAAAGAAUUAUAAGAAAACCAGCAUAAUACCUGAUAUAUUAAAAUGUAGUGCCUGUGAAAUCUGUAUUAUAUUGCUCUUCUGAAGUAAGACUUUUCUACACCAGUAGCCUUCGCUGUCUGUCAAGACCUUCUGAUAUAGGUGAUGUAAAAUAACCGUACAAUAUUAAUGCAUGCUAUUCCAUAAUGCUUAGUGAGCUGUAUGAAUAUUACUCCAAGUUAUGUUAGUCUUUUUUUUUUUCUGAUUUGGUUCUUGUCAGAUAGGUUUAAAGAUAUUUCACUGAGAACGCAAAUACUGUCUUUUCUUGAUUUUGGGUGUUUUCAGUAUUUUGGAGGUAUACAUUUACUUAAAUUCAGUAUUACUUGUGGUUUUUUUCUUUUCUUCUUCUUUUUUUUGUUUCCUUUGGAUUUUUCUAUUUCGUUUUUCUUUUCCUAGAGGGCAGGCGUGGGUGUUGGUGCUCAGAAAGCAAGAUUUGCUAAGACUGGGUCUCCCAGCCACCCUGAGAACCCCGGGGGCGUCGGCCUUCCCCACCCCCACGGUAGCCACGGUCGGGGGGCGACGAGGAGGGGGACAUUUCUUAGUUGGACGGCAUUCCUCCCCGCCCCCUGCCCGUCCCUCCCCGAGGGUACCCACGCCUGACCCGCCUUCACACCUGACCUCCGCAUAUUAAAAAAAAAAGGAAAAAAGGCAAAAAAAAAAGAUCAUGUAGCUGUUUAGUUUCAUGCACAGUUGCAAUAUUUUUCUUCAAAAAAAAAAACCAACAAAAAAAAAAAAACCAACCUCUGUAUGAACUCUGGGCCCGAUUCAUAAAGCAGCCGUCCGUUAUUAACACGGGGCGGUGGACGGGUUGAGGGGUCACGGGGGUGACGGGACUCACAUGUGCACUUACUCUGCCCCGGGUGAGACUGGCUCCCCCGUCCCAGGCGGUGGGGAGACGCGCUUCCUCCCAUCCCGUCCGCCCCCCCAGACCCCUCCCCAGGGCUCCGCCGGGAGAAGGGGGGCUCUCCCGGGGCUCGUGGCCUUUCCCCGGGGUGGUGGCGGGGCAGGGAACAUGGGCACCGGGGGAUCCGUUGACUCUUCCUGCCAUUUUUAAUGCUCAACUUUUAGAAACCACCGUCACCUAAAGGGUUCUGGUUCCCUCUCGCCGUUGCUCUGGGAGGGUCCCCCCCACCCCCGACACCCCCAACCCCGGGUUCCUUUUCAGCCCGGACCCCGAGAAUCCGCCUUUUCGGGGAGCAACGGAAGGGGAUGCGGUUGGGUGGGGCGUGAACGGGGAAUGUCCCGGUAGGCCCCACACCGUCCAACCCCUCUCCGCCCCCCGGUCCGGGCUCGACACCCCCUCGCCCCGCCAACCGCCCCUUCCCCCGACCGCCACCCCCCAUGUGUCCUGCCCGUGUCAAUAACCCAGGUUUUUGCAUUUUGCUUUUAUGAGUCGGGCUCCUUGUGCCUCUAGUAUUACUUGUAUUGACUCUCAUAGUUACCAUUUUAGUUUUACUGUGUUCUGUGAAAAUUUGUCAUUGGUUGAAAUUCACUGUGGGCAUAUCCAUUCUUCUUCAACUAAAUCUCCACAGGUUUUUUGAGCUGGUGUGGAUUCGUUUAACUCUUGUAUUCAACCAUUAGUGCUACCACCUUCUCACAUUACAAUUCAAUUACUGGAAGCAAGUACUGCAUUUCCUAUGCAACAAAAAAGAAAAAUAAAAAAUUGCUAAUGCUA